AUGGUUUCGUCCGGUGUUCCCGUCAAUGAUGAUGAUUAUGACGAUGAUGAUGAUGACGAUGAUGAUGAUGAUGAUGAUGAUGAUGAUGAUGAUGAUGAUGAUGAUGAUGAAUAUUUGUCCAAUUUAUGUGGUAGACUGCGUCUGGUUAUACAAAGCUCACCGGACAAGUUGCCCAAUUGCGGAAACCUGAACGAUGGUUUUUGCGACCCAAAAACGGAUUCCAAGAACCUACAAAUUGCUUCAAGUUAUAAGCGAAAUACACUCAUUUGCAAAGUAAUUUGGUUUUUCGAGAGUCUCACCUGGAACUCAGCUGAGUAA